AGCCGUGUUGUUCGUUGUCACACCAUGUCACGGCCGAGUUUGGUGGACAGUUUGACUGCGACUUAACUUGAAGAACCUACAACCACCACAAUGUCCAACACAAUUGCGCUCUAUCCGCUCUCAAACUUUACCUUCAGCACCAAGGAGGCUCAGCCAGAGGAAGACCCCUCUGUGUCCGCAAGACUGCAACGUCUGCAAAAUAACUACGAAGAUUUCGGAAUGCGGCGUACCGUCGAGGGUAUCCUGGUAGUCCACGACCACGGACACCCGCACAUCUUGAUGCUUCAGAUUGCCAACGCCUUCUUUAAGCUUCCUGGAGACUACUUGAAACCCGGUGAAGACGAGAUCGACGGUCUCAAGAAGCGUCUGGACGACCGUUUGGCCCCGCCUGCUGAUUCCCGCCAAUUCAACGCGUCUCAUGGGGUUGAUAACGAGUGGGAGAUCGGAGACUGUCUUGCUCAAUGGUGGAGACCGAAUUUUGAAACUUUCAUGUAUCCCUUCAUCCCAGCGCAUAUAACUAAGCCGAAAGAGUGCAAGAAGCUGUUCCUCGUCCAAAUGCCCGAACGUAAGGUCCUUGCCGUACCAAAGAAUAUGAAGCUCUUGGCAAUUCCCCUCUUCGAGUUAUACGACAACGCAGCUCGAUAUGGUCCUCAGCUCUCUGCCAUACCUCAUCUGUUGUCUCGUUACAACUUCAUUUACCAGUAGACGUUCCGCCUCCAUCAAAAGUGCCUCGCACAUUCGGACCCGUCGUAUUUUUCUAUUAUGUUCUGUCCCACGAUUCGUGGCGUACUGUGAUUGUAUCGCUUUCUAUUGCGUUUCACCUCCUUGUUGUCGUCCUGCAAUGUCAUAUAUCUUCUUCGCAUCGGUAUAUGCGACAUAACUAGUGAAUGUACUCGUGUGAGUCCUGAAUCCUGCC